AUGGGUCAGAAAGUUCUUAUUAUGGGAUCUGGACCAAUUGGUCUCCUGUGCUUACUUACCGCCAAAGCACAAGGGGCUGGAAGAGUUAUUAUUGCUGAUUUGGAUGAUGGCAGACUAGCAUUGGCCAAAACUCAAGGUGCAGACUAUACGAUUAAUGUACGUGGGAAAUCAACUGCACAAAUUAGAGACGAAAUAAUCAGCUUGUUAGGAGAAGAACCAGCCGUUACUAUAGAAUGCUCGGGUGCUCAAGCAUCUAUUGAGACUGCGAUUAUUACGACUGUUUCUGGGGGAGUAAUAGUCUUAGUAGGCUUAGGAGCUCCGAAAGCUGAACUUCCCAUCAUAGAAUCAGCUACUAGAGAAGUUGAUAUACGUGGAAUAUUUCGUUAUGUGAAUUGCUAUCCCACUGCGCUAGAAUUGAUCGCCACUGGGCGUAUGGAUCUUUCAGGGUUAACUAGAGCUCACUAUUCGUUAGAACAAACAGUUGAAGCUUUCCAACGCGCACAAAAAGCUGAUGUCAUCAAAGUGUUCAUUCAUUGUUAA